AUGUACAACACACUUGCACCAAGACAAAGAUUAAGAUUCACAUCAGAGAAGAAGGCGGUGAUAAAGAAUGCAGACAUGUCUGAUGAAAUGCAACAGAAUGCAGUGGACUGUGCCAACCAAGCCUUAGAAAAGCACAACAUCGAGAAGGAUAUUGCAGCCUAUGUUAAAAGGGAAUUGGACAAAAAGUACAACCCUACAUGGCACUGCAUCAUUGGAGGACAUUUUGUCAGCUACGUGACGCAUGAGACCAAGCACUUCAUCUACAUUUACCUGGGUCAAGGGGCCAUGCUGCUCUUUAAGUCGGGCUGAAAUCUGAACAUGUCCACCGCAGCUGCCCUGAAAACUAGUUUGAGUUCAGUCCUUAAUUCUGCAGUGCCACAUGGACACAUACUAUGGCGUCUGUGCACACAGGCCUACCCUCCUGCUUGCUUCAGUCUGGUGAACUUGUAACCUACAUCACUACUAUUGGUGGAUGGUAUUGUGUUUGUGUCUGGACUGACGUACUGACAAAUCAGGAUCUUCAACAAGAAAGACUGCAUUCCACUUCUCCACAUGCCAGCCAGUAAUUUGUAUGUUUCAUCAUCUGACGGCUCUCAGGACUCCA